GGUGUCCCAGUGACGGGCGCACGCACACAGCCUGGAGAUCCCGGAGCGGCAGCGCGCACCCAUCGGCUUUCAGGGGAGAGGUGAGACGGACGGAGGAGACGGACCCGCAAACGACGAAACCAAAGGCGAGUUUAACGUGCACGCGGCAGUCCAGCAACGGCAGAGGGCUCGUUCUCACUGCCACGAGCGUGCAGUUCGGCUACCGUAUGAUGGCUCUAGCCAGAGAUCCAGAGGUCGGCCUGGAGCAGAGAGACUGCGCAGACCAAAGCUUUGACUACAUGUUCAAGCUACUGAUCAUCGGCAACAGCAGCGUGGGGAAGACCUCCUUCCUGGUCCGCUUCGCAGACGCUUCCUUCACCUCGACCUUCGUCAGCACGGUGGGCAUCGACUUCAAGGUCAAGACCAUCCACAGGAGCGACAAGCGGUUCAAGCUUCAGAUCUGGGACACAGCGGGGCAGGAGCGCUACCGGACCAUCACCACGGCGUACUACCGAGGGGCCAUGGGGUUCCUGCUGAUGUACGACAUCACCAGCCAGGAGUCGUUCUGCGCCGUACAGGACUGGGCAACCCAGAUCAAGACGUACUCGUGGGGCAACGCUCAAGUAGUGCUGGUAGGCAAUAAGGUGGACUUGGAAGAAGACAGGAAGGUCCCCACUGAAGAUGCCCAAAGACUGGCUACAGAGCUCGGCUUUCAGUUCUUCGAGGCCAGCGCCAAGGACAACGUCAACGUGAAGCAGGUGUUCGACAAGCUGGUGGACGUCAUCUGCGAGAGGAUGAACGAUAGCGUCAACGGCGACGCCAGUCCGUCAGCCAAUCACAACGAGGCCAGCCUGAUGGAGACGCCCCGCAGCGGCGCAGGCGGCUGCACAUGCUGAUGGCUGUGAAUUCACAGGAAGCUGGUUUCACACACAGAUUAAUUUUUUUUUAAACGAACAUUAUAGAUGUACUUAUUCAUGUUACUGCACUACUGCAAUCAUUAAUGGGUGCUAGGCUUCUUUUGUUUCCUUGUUUUUUCAUUUGAUCUUUUCCCAACUUGGUGACGACUCCAGCUUCGUUGUCAUAGGAACGUGACUGUUACACUGAGAUGCCAAAGAGCUGCACUGAGAGCAGCUGUGCCUUUUCUUUCUCAGCCAUCACCUCUGCUUCAUUAGUUCUUUAUUAGUAGACAAACCUGUUGCAGGUGAUGUGACUGAAGGGCACGAGCCAUUGUGUCAUGGCGCCCCCUUGUGGCUGCUGCAUGUAAAUGCAUCACUGUGACUCCAUACCGCGUACACACACUGUGUGUCCUGUGAACUUGUCCAGCUGAGGAAGAAGGAAGUUGAAACAUACCUGAAGGGUGCUGUUAGAUGACAGCCCUCUGUGCCCGGACCAGUCCUGUUAUUACUAUUUUGGAGGGAUAUUCUCAUUGGGUUUUAAUGUUGUAUUGUUCUUCUUGUACUUUUAAUGGUUAAUGGUCAUUCAAUAUUUCCUUUGCCAGGUUUAUUGUGUCUCUCUAUACGUGUGGAUUAAAAGAUGUGGAUC